GUCCCCAGCGCCGGCGCGAAUGACUUCCCCCUUGGUGGGGCCGGAGUUGCCCGGGAUCGCGGAUCGCUCAUCGCGCCGCGCUAGCCGGCGAGUUCGCCAGCACCAGCGUCUCAGCUGCGCCCGGCACCAUGGCCACUGACUCGUGGGCCCUGGCAGUGGACGAGCAGGAAGCGGCGGCCGAGUCGCUGAGCAACUUGAAUCUUAAGGAAGAGAAAAUCAAGCCAGAUGCCAAUGGUGCUGUCGUCAAGACCAAUGCUAAUGCAGAGAAGACAGAUGAAGAAGAGAAAGAGGACAGAGCCGCCCAAUCCUUACUCAACAAGCUGAUCAGAAGCAACCUUGUUGAUAACACCAACCAAGUGGAAGUCCUGCAGCGGGAUCCAAACUCCCCUCUCUACUCAGUGAAGUCCUUCGAGGAGCUACGCCUGAAACCACAGCUUCUCCAGGGAGUCUAUGCCAUGGGCUUCAACCGUCCAUCCAAGAUACAAGAGAACGCAUUGCCUUUGAUGCUUGCUGAGCCCCCACAGAACUUAAUUGCCCAGUCUCAGUCUGGUACUGGUAAAACAGCUGCCUUUGUGUUGGCCAUGCUCAGCCAAGUAGAACCUGCAAACAGAUACCCUCAGUGUCUGUGCCUCUCCCCAACAUAUGAGCUCGCUCUUCAAACUGGAAAAGUGAUUGAGCAGAUGGGCAAAUUUUAUCCUGAACUGAAGCUAGCAUAUGCUGUUCGUGGCAAUAAAUUGGAAAGAGGUCAGAAGAUCAGUGAGCACAUUGUCAUUGGCACUCCUGGGACCGUUCUGGACUGGUGCUCCAAGCUCAAGUUCAUUGACCCCAAGAAGAUUAAGGUGUUUGUUCUGGAUGAGGCUGACGUGAUGAUAGCUACUCAGGGCCACCAAGAUCAGAGCAUCCGCAUCCAGAGGAUGCUGCCCAGGAACUGCCAGAUGCUGCUUUUCUCUGCCACCUUUGAAGACUCUGUAUGGAAAUUUGCCCAGAAAGUGGUUCCAGACCCAAAUAUCAUCAAACUGAAGCGCGAGGAGGAGACGUUGGACACCAUCAAGCAGUAUUACGUCCUGUGCAAUAACAGAGACGAGAAGUUCCAGGCCCUGUGCAACCUGUAUGGGGCCAUCACCAUCGCUCAAGCGAUGAUCUUCUGUCAUACCCGUAAAACAGCUAGCUGGCUGGCAGCAGAGCUCUCAAAAGAAGGCCACCAGGUGGCUCUGCUGAGCGGUGAGAUGGUGGUGGAGCAGAGGGCUGCCGUGAUUGAGCGCUUCCGAGAGGGCAAAGAGAAGGUUCUGGUCACCACCAAUGUGUGUGCCCGCGGCAUCGACGUUGAACAGGUGUCUGUCGUCAUCAACUUUGACCUCCCCGUGGACAAGGAUGGGAACCCGGACAAUGAGACCUACCUGCACCGGAUCGGGCGCACCGGCCGCUUUGGCAAGAGGGGCCUGGCAGUGAACAUGGUGGACAGCAAGCACAGCAUGAACAUCCUGAACAGAAUCCAGGAGCACUUCAAUAAGAAAAUAGAAAGACUGGAUACGGAUGAUUUGGACGAGAUUGAGAAAAUAGCCAAUUGAGAAGCUGCAGUGGUGCCCGCCCUUGGCGCUCCCCCUGCGUGGACACUAGUGCUUUCACGGCCUAGCCCUCGACAGUCACCACAGAGAUGAAGGCACGAGUAGAGAGAAACUACCUACCUCAUUUUAAAUUACGUUUGGACUUGACAAAAAUUGUGCAAAUGAUGGGGAAAGGUAGAAAAAACUGUUUACACAACUUUGAAGAUUAGGCGUGAAUACACAGAAAUUUACCUUUUGGAAA